AUGGUUGUGAAUGUGAUGGGAUACACCAUAUAUGGAAUGCCACCUCCUUCAAGUGGAACACUUGCUCUUUCUCUGGUACUAAACAUCUUGGAUAGUUAUGGAAGUCUUGAUGCUGCAAAGGGAAAUUUGGGUAUACAUAGAGUAAUAGAAGCUUUGAAACAUAUGUUUGUUAUUCGAAUGAAUUUGGGGGACCCGAGCUUUGAAAAUGUUAGUGAAACUGUAUCCGAGAUGCUUUCCCCAGCUUUUGCACAAACUAUUCAGCGUCGGAUACUUGAUAACACUACUUUCCCUCCAGAGUACUAUAUGGAAAGGUGGAGUCAACUUAACGAUCAUGGAACAAGCCAUUUGUGUGUUGUAGAUGCCGAUAGAAACACUGUGUCACUGACUACAACUGUAAACAAAGAGUUUGGAGCUGGGAUUCGUUCAACGUCAACUGGUAUUGUGAUCAAUGAUGAAAUGGAUGAUUUCUCUAUACCGACUGAUAUAUCCCCCGGUAAACUACCUCCAGCACCAACAAAUUUUAUUAAACCAAACAAAAGGCCGUUGUCUUCCAUGACUCCUAUUAUCAUCACAAAGGAUGGCCAAUUGGUUGGGGUAAUUGGAGGAAGCGGUGGAAGGCGAAUUAUUCCAGCAGUGACUCAAGUCUUUCUCAAUCAUUUCAUCUUAGGAAUUAAACCUUUAGAUGGAGUUCUGAGACCAAGGAUCUAUACUAAGUUAUUACCGGAUACAGUUUUGUAUGACAACUUGACUGCGUAUAAUUAA